AUGUCUACCCCAAACCAUCCUGAGGAGCUUCCCUGGGCCAAACCGUUCUCCAUAGAUCUCAUCCUCAAGGUCCUUCAUGCAACUAUUCUACAUCCUUUUGUGGCAUGGAUGAUACCACUGUGCAUGCGAGCACAAGCUACACCAUGGACUCACAUCUCCAUUCAAAUUUCCAUUGGAUACGCUUCUCUAUUAACGUUAUUAUCCUUCGCGCAAAUGCUCAACACAAAAUUAGCGUACGCUAAGCCACGGGAAAUUGAUUUCUCAGAAGAAGUUAUAGUGAUUACUGGAGGGGCUAGUGGUCUUGGCCUUCUCAUUGCAGAAGUCUAUGGAAUGCGAGGCGCGACAGUGGCAGUACUAGACGUUCAGGAGCUCGAAUCUGGAGAGGCACGUGGUGUGACCGCCUACAAGUGUGAUGUGAGUGACAAGGGCCAGGUGGCAAAGGUGGCGCUUGAAAUUGAACGAGACUUUGGCACACCAACGAUCUUGAUUAAUAACGCCGCCGUUGUUAAUGGUCAGUCUCUUAUCAACAUGUCUGUGGAAGACAUAGAGCAAAGUAUCAACGUAAAUCUGUUAUCGCAUUUUUAUACCCUCAAGACUUUUCUCCCAAGGAUGAUUGCUGCCGAUUCUGGCACAAUUGUUACCAUAUCAAGCGUCAUUUCCACGAUUGGUGCUGCAUCACUAUCUGACUAUGCAGCAGCUAAGGCGGGGGUUACAGCACUGCACAAGUCUCUAACUGCAGAAUUAAAGUCUAAGCCUAACAUCAAAACGGUACUUGUCACACCGGGACAAUUCAGCACGCCUUUAUUCAACGGUGUAAAAACACCAAACAGUUUCUUCGCACCAAUUUUAGAAUCCGUUGAUGUUGCUAGGGAGAUAAUUGCAGUUAUCGACUCAGGCAAAAGUGCGCAAAUAGCAUUACCAUUGUAUGCAAGGUGGAUUGACUGGAUUAAUGUCAUGCCUGUUGGCAUUCAGAGCUUGGUAAGGAAAAUCAUCGGGGUAGAUAAGGCGAUGGCAAACUUCGUGGGGAGGGUAGGAUCUAAUAAAAAGAAGGCAUAA